AGUUGCGGUCAGAUCGUCAAUAGGAAAUAAUACAUCGAGAGUUAUACAUUUUCGUCGUGGUGCGGAUAAAGUAUUAGUAGACCAACGCAAUGGCUCGAAAAAUCUUCUGCAAUAUAUUGAUGCUGACCCUACUCGUGCUCAGUGCCGAUGGCCGACCCUCGACAGGGGAGGAGUUGAGUGCGGAUCCCAGCGAGUAUCACGGGAAUCUCUCGGUGGAGACCGUCCUGAAAGUGCAGCAGUGCGAGAAGGACUCGAAUACGAUGGAGCUGUGCAUGCGGUGUGCCAAGGUGACCAAGUCGGAUUUCGUAUAUCCCAUGUGCUGCAGCAACGAUGAUGGCAUCAAGGACUGGUGCAAGGAGUACGUCUACUUUGGCAUCGAAUAGAAUUGGGAUGCGGGACCAGGAGGCGAUCCCAACUCUGUAAAUUAUUUCGUACUCCUGCAUGGAUUGGAGAUUGGCUGUGAUAACCCACUGUAUUUAUUUUAAAUUAUAUUUAGGAAUAAACAAGGCUAAAUUAGCGUA